UGAGAGCUGCCCCCCUGUGCUGCUCCGCUGGAAGCCUCUUCUCUGGUUGGUCCGGCAGCAGCCGGCCGCUCCGCGGACAUAUAAAGGAGGCUCCGGCUGCUGGAGACACACUUUAUCAGAGUUUUACUUCAGAAAGCAAAUCUAACCAUGAGCGGAAGAGGCAAAACCGGUGGCAAAGCCAGAGCAAAGGCAAAGACCCGCUCCUCCCGUGCCGGGCUCCAGUUCCCAGUGGGUCGUGUCCACAGGCUGCUGCGCAAAGGAAACUACGCUCAGCGCGUCGGUGCCGGCGCCCCCGUCUACCUGGCGGCUGUGCUGGAGUACCUGACCGCUGAGAUCCUGGAGCUGGCUGGAAACGCUGCCCGCGACAACAAGAAGACCCGGAUCAUCCCCCGUCACCUGCAGCUGGCUGUCCGCAACGACGAGGAGCUGAACAAGCUGCUGGGCGGAGUGACCAUCGCUCAGGGCGGCGUGCUGCCCAACAUCCAGGCUGUUCUGCUGCCCAAGAAGACCGAGAAGGCGGCCAAGAAAUAAACCUGGACCCGCACUAGCUGCUGGGAACCACAGCCCCAAAACGGCUCUUUUAAGAGCCACACACUUCUGAUAAAGAACAGCGUUUCUCAAUGUGUCUUUCGUUGACUGAUGCGGGGACAGCAGGACAAAAUGACAAAGCUCAGAGUACAUGAAUAACAUGAGUUAAUACUA